AACCGUUUUUCGAUCGUUUCAGUACACCACUUGAAUCAACAUGGCUAAACUCGCCCUAAUUGCUCUGGCCCUAGCGCUGUGUGUCGUCAUCGUGAGUGCUGCUGGCGAUGAGUGUCCGCUAGCGUCCAAAGUGGGAUCCUGCUCGCCAACCUGUCUGACCGAUCGUGAUUGUGCUAGCAUCGGUGGCAAAUGCUGCGCCAACUCCUGCAAUCGCAAAUCCUGCGUCGAACGAAGCAAGCUGAAGCAGAGCACUGACAAAUAUAGUAGCAAUUCCGGUUCGGGCGCAUACUGUGGCAGCUCCAAGUGCAACUCGUUCGAAAAAUGUGGUACCGAUCCAACUACCAAGAAGCAGAAAUGUGUCCGUGCGUGAUGAGCGAAAUGGAAGUGCAUCUUAAGUUGUGUGCGUGUGU